GAUUCGGCAAAGUUGCUCAACUGAUUGAUGCGCAACGUACCAAGUACACCGAUUUCGAGCUACUCAAAGUCAUCGGUCAAGGCGGUUUCGGUCGCGUCCAACUAGUCCGUCACAAACGUACCCGACGCGUUUACGCCAUGAAGAUGAUGAACAAACAGCAUCUUCUGGAUCACUGCCAAUCCGGCUACUGGGAGGAGAGAGACAUCAUGGUCCGCGCUUCCAGCGAGUGGUUGGUGGCCUGUCAUCACGCAUUUCUGGAUCGUGAAAACGUUUACCUAUGCAUGGAGUAUAUGCCCGGUGGGGAUUUAUACUACUGGCUGGAAAAACUGGACACAUUCGACGAGGUUCAGGCCCGUUUUUAUUUAGCCGAGACUGUUAUGGCACUGGAAGCACUGCACGGUAUGCGAUUUGUUCAUCGUGACUUGAAGCCAGACAAUAUGCUCUUGGAUGCUCGAGGUCAUUUGAAGUUGGCGGACUUCGGUUCUUGUGUACAGCUAUCUGAGGAUGGAUUCUACUUUUGUCGGUCUCCUAUCGGAACUCCUGACUACAUUUCACCUGAAAUGUUGAACUGUCAGUCCAAAGGCGGCAAAGUCGGUCCGGAAUGCGACUGGUGGACGUUGGGCGUUAUCGCCUAUGAGAUGCUGUUCGGCGAGCCCGCUUUCUACGGUCAGUCUCUAGUCGAAACAUAUAGCCGGAUUUUGAGUCACGAACAGUCGCUGUCAAUCCCAUCCGAUGGUGACCCCAUAUCAUUUGAGUUGGAAGAUUUAAUUCGACAGCUCCUCAAACCUGCUGGUGUUCGACUUGGCUCACUGACGGUUGCACUCGCUUCCGAUGCAGCUGCAAAUGACGUUGGUAAGGCUAUCGAAAUUGCAACCAAUGGUGUCAAGCUACAUCCGUUCUUCAAGAGCGUUAUUUGGCACCAACUGCGGUCCCAAGAUCCACCGAUACAACCUGUUGUUAACUCUGAGAUUGACACCUCAAACAUCAAUUUCGAGGAUGAACCUAUGCACUUGGACACUCCAGGCGGUACCGCCUCCUCGAAAUUGCCCCACAGUGGUGGUGCAUUCGCUCCCCGCAAGCCCCCUGCACCUGCUUACUUCACAGGCAAUAAUCUAUCGUUUGCUGGCUACACCUUCAAUCGUGAUCACAUUUAUCUGAAAAAUGUUCCACGAGGUGCUGAUAACGCGAUUGGGUCACCGGCCACAGCAGAGCAGGGAAAAACUGCAUUGGCUGAGGUGACUCAACGAUGCCAGACUCUACAGAGCGAGAUUGAUGAAUUACGAACCACUGUGCAGCUACUUGAAAAGCAAGCGGCCAUUGACCAAGUCACCUUAAAAGAUUCCCAGCGUCGUCUUCAGGAAUCAACCUUGGAAUUGGAAAAAUCCAAAUCUGCUUUGUCGGAUUUGGAAAAAUCCCUAGUAGAUACACGCCUUCGGUGUUCCAGUUUGCAAACGGAGCGCGACCGACUUGUUGAAGAUUCAGCCAGUUUAACAGCCCAAGUGAAGAGUGCCACGGAUGCUUUGGAAACAGAGCGGCGUAAGGCGUAUGUUUUGGACGAAGCUAAAACAGCUCUUGCUACAAAAGUUGAGCAGUUGCAGCUGGACUUGCAGGAGGCGCACAUUAAAUUGAGCACACAGUUGAAACAAGAUGAACCUCUGCAAGCGGCCGGAGAUGCUUCUGACUCUCGGCAGCACGAGUUGGUUUCAGCUCUGGAGGCACAGAUGGCUAGCCUACAAGCAGAAAAUCGAGAAGCUCGCCAAAAAGCUACAGUUCUCAUGACUGAAGCAAGCAAUCUCGCUCGUAACCACGCGGAACAAGUCAAGGAACUCAGCGACCAGCUAUUAGAGGCGCAAAACUUCUGCCGACUAUAUCAGUCCCGCACAAAAGAGUUGGAGGAUUGCAUUGCUUCCUCUAGUGCACUUGAACGCACAUUGCGGGAAGAGUUAUCCAGCGUGCAAGCCGAGUUAGACAUAGUUCUUUCCGCAAAACGCACCGUGGAAGAUCGCUUAGUGUCAACCGAUUCCAGUUUGGCGGCUAUUCGCGUGGAGUUGCGGAGUGCACAUGAAUUGGCAAAAAUCACCAAGGAACAAGACUCGGCCGAGGUCACCCGAUUGCGUUGUUUAGCUGAGCAGCGCUUGUCUGAGCUAGAAGAUGUAUCCAAGCAACUUGAUGAAAUGCGUCUACGAUGCGCAGAAGCAGAAGGGAAGACCACCUCAUUAGGUGAACAGGUGUCGAAAUUGCAAGCGGAACGUGAGUUGCAACAGCGAAACAUGAAGGCGAUAGUGGAUAAAUUGUUGCACGAGGUGGAAGGCCGCAUGACCCCGGCUGCGGUACGGAAGCGGGCGAAGGAACACGAUUAUGCGGCAUGCCAGCAACUGGCUAAAAAUUACAAAAACCUCCAGUCCGCCUCUGAGAAGGAAAAGGCCAAUAUGCAGAACACCAUAGAUAGAUAUAAAGUAGAGUUGGAUGAACGCAAUGUUCUUAUCGCUACUCUCACUGAGGAAGCGCGGGUCAAAGAUCAGGAAAUGUUGCAACUGAAUGCUCUCGUUAACCAACUGUACGCUCGGUUGGAUCAAGCGUCGCAAAUGCACUCAACUCCGGUGAAACUGGAUCGGAUACCUGGGUCGCCUGCAUCUGGUGAUUCCAUAGCCACAAUGAUUGUGCCCAGUGUGUCCGAGCGAAUAUCCCCUCCGUCCUCUAGAACACCCACCGCUGCGCUUCGUGAUGAAGUGUUUUCAAGAUGCCUGGAGCAGGUGGUGGACUUGGAUGGCAAAGGUCGCGGUCGCAAGAAGUUACUCUGGAAGCCAAACUUUGCUGUUCUGAAACCCUUCGUCCUCCUUUUCUACGUCUCACAGCGUGAUCGUGACAUGGGUAUGGCUCCUGUGGAGGAGAUAUUGUUAUGUCGAGUGAGUUUCCUACUAUGA